AAGGGCAUUCACUCAACGCGCGGGAAGAAAAUGGUGCGACCGCCUUACAUUGGGCUAGCUCUCAGGGUCAUGACAGAGUGUGUGAUUAUCUGUUGGAUGCUGGAUGUGAUAUCAAUGCCCGGAUCAAAAACGGCCCUACAGCUCUACACGUAGCUGUCGACUGUGGCCAUUCCCAGUGUGUACAAGUUUUUAUUAAAAGGUCAGUGUGCACAUGUUUUAAUAUAAAGGUCAGUGUGUACAUAUUUUUUUUAAAUAUCAAUGUACAUGUUUUGAUAUCAAGGUCAGUUUGUAAAUGUUUAAAUAUAAAGGUCAGUGUGGUCCACACUGACCUUUUUAUUAAAACACGUACACAUGUGGACACGUUUUGAUAUAAAGGUCAGUGUGUACAUAUUUUGAUAAUGAUAUAAGGUCAGUUUGUAUAUGUAUGAUAAAAAGAUAAGAGCUCAAGUUGAGAGCGCUGUCUGCAUAGCAGCCAUUGGUGACUGAAGUUAGGGGUCCUGUCUGCAUGGCAGCCAUUGAUGACUGAAGUUAGGGGUCCUGUCUGCAUAGCGGCCAUUGAUGACUGAAGUUAGGGGUCCUGACUGCAUAGCAGCCCAUUGAUGACUGAAGUUAGGGGUCCUGUCUGCAUAUCAGCCGCUGGUGCUUAAAGUUAGGUGUCGUCCAUUAUUAGGCCUAUAUCAACAAAACAGGGGGAGGGGUUGAAAUGUUUGACAAUUGUUGAAAUGGGGAGGGUGUGGAUUAGUUGACGUCAACAAUCAUAUUUUCUCUAUUAAAAUGUUAAUCUUAAAAACGUACUGGUUAAUACAUUAUUUUAGCAAAUUUAAUGAGUGUAAAUUAAAAUAGUUAUACCAUUUUUAAGCUUUUAACAAUAAAAGAUUUAUGUAAUGUGUGUCUGUCUGUGCAUUGCGGAUGGCUGGUCAGAAUGAUAGCAUACUUUGUUAGUGCAAGAGAGGUCAAAAGUUGGCCUCUCUUCGACUGUAAAUUAUAUUUGUCGCAAAUGACUAGGGCGGUAUGUUUGCGGUCAUGUUGCAGGUGAUGAAAUAAGGACAAGGUUCAAGGGUCAUUUUUAGUUAAGAUAAAUGGUAUUGAUAGAGUAGGAAUACGAUAUUUUGAGAAUUAAGGGCACGUAAAGUGAGUAACAAUAAUAACAUCGCUGCUUGAACGGAUUUGCAAACUCUGUAACAUUUUUUUUUUGCAUGACAGUCAUGUUAAAAUAGCAAGUUCAACAGCACCGAAAAUGCAUAAGAAAUUCCGGCUCCUCAACAAAAAAGGGUUCGACUAAUGCAAGUUGCUGCCAGGAGACAGAGAGAGCUUAUGGCAAUCAUUGCUCUCACUGACAAUCCUUCUAUUUUAAUUCUGAAUGGUUAGAUGAGGAUGAUGUUGACUUGUCUGGUAUAUCAAUUCCGCAAGAUGAAAAUGAUAAAUCAGCUACUAUGACCAUUUGUACGAUAGAUUUUUUUAUUUUAUUUUUUUGGGGGGAUAGGGGGGGGGAUGGGGUAUAUCAAUGUUGACAUAAUUACCUGGGAAGGGGGGGUCACUGUCAGUUUGAAUGUUGUUGACAGUGGGGGGGGGGAGAUUGCUUUAAAUUGUUGAUGUAAUUAAUGGACGGUGACAUAAUUACCUGGGAAGGGGGGGUCACUGUCAGUUUGAAUGUUGUUGACAGGGGGGGGGGGGGAGAUUGCUUUAAAUUGUUGAUGUAAUUAAUGGACGGUCCCUCAGUGUUUCACAUAUAGCAAGCAUUGGUAACUGAGGUUAGUGUUUCAUGAAGAGCAAGUAUUGGUAACUGAAGUUAAUGUUUCAUAAAGAGCAAGUAUUGGUAACUGAAGUUAGUGUUUCAUAAAGAGCAAGUAUUGGUAACUGAAGUUAGUGUUUCAUAAAGAGCAAGUAUUGGUAAUUGACGUUAGUGUUUUAUAUAUAGUAUAUAGCAAGCAUUGGUAACUGAAGUUAGUGUUUCAAAAAGAGCAAGUAUUUGUAACUGAAGUUAGGUUUUAAUAUAUAGCAAGCAUUGUUAACUGAUGUUAGUGUUUCAUAUAUAGCAAGCAUUGGUAACUGAGGUUAGUGUUUCAUAUAUAGCAAGCAUUGGUAACUGAAGUUAGUGUUUCAUAAAGAACAAAUGUUGGUAACUUAACUUAGUGUUUCAUAUAUAGCAAGCAUUGUUAACUGAAGUUAGUGUUUCAUAAAGAGCAAGUAUUGGUAACUGAAGUUAGUGUUUCAUAUAUAGCAAACAUUGUUAACUGAAGUUAGUGUUUCAUAUAUAGCAAGCAUUGUUAUUUGAAGUUAGUGUUUCAUAUAUAGCAAGCAUUGGUAACUGAAGUUAGUGUUUCAUAAAGAACAAGUAUUUGUCCCUGAAGUUAAUUUUUCAUAAAGAGCAAGCAUUGGUUACUGAAGUUAGUGUUUCAAAAAGAACAAGUAUUUGUACCUGAAGUUAGGUUUUAAUAUAUAGCAAGCAUUGUUAACUGAUGUUAGUGUUUCAUAUAUAGCAAGCAUUGGUAACUGAGGUUAGUGUUUCAUAUAUAGCAAGCAUUGUUAAAUGAGGUUAGUGUUUCAUAUAUAGCAAGCAUUGGUAACUGAAGUUAGUGUUUCAUAUAUAACAAGCAUUGGUAACUGAAGUUAGUGUUUCAUAUAUAGCAAGCAUUGGUAACUGAAGUUAGUGUUUCAUAAAGAGCUAGUAUUUGUACCUGAAGUUAGUGUUUCUUAUAUAGCAAGCAUUGGUAACUGAAGUUAGUGUUUCAUAAAGAGCAAGUAUUGGUAACUGAAGUUAGUGUUUCAUAUAUAGCAAGCAUUGUUAACUGAGGUUAGUGUUUCAUAUAUAGCAAGCAUUGUUAACUGAAGUUAGUGUUUCAUAUAUAGCAAGCAUUGGUAACUGAAGUUAGUGUUUCAUAAAGAACAAGUAUUUGUCCCUGAAGUUAAUUUUUCAUAAAGAGCAAGUGUUGGUAACUGAAGUUAGUGUUUCAUAUAUAGCAAGCAUUGGUUACUGAAGUUAGUGUUUCAUAAAAAGCAAGCAUUGGUAACUGAAGUUAAUGUUUCAUAAAGAGCUAGUAUUAGUACUUGAAGUUAGUGUUGCACAUAUAGCAAGCAUUUGUAACUGAAGUUAGUGGUUCAUAUAUGGCAAGAAUUGGUAACUGAAGUUAGUGUUUUAUAUACAGCAAGCAUUGGUAACUGAAGUUAGUGUUUUAUAUAUAGCAAGCAUUGGUAACUGAAGUUAGUGUUUCAAAAAGAGCAAGUAUUUGUACCUGAAGUGUUUCGUAUAUAGCAAGCAUUGGUAACUGAAGUUAGUGUUUCAUAAAGAGCUAGUAUUUGUGUCUGAAGUUAGUGUUUCAUAAAGAGCAAGCAUUGUUGACCGAAGUUAAAUUCUACAUUGCCCUGUUCAAUUAUUUUUUUCAGAGGUGUUGAUCUAAAUGCUUGUACUGAGAGGGGCGACACUCCUUUGCACCACGCAGCAUAUCGAGGUUAUUUAGAGAUUUUGUCUUUGCUGACCAAAGCUGGUGCUGACCCUUGUCUACGGAAUGUGCAUGGUAUGACCCCUUUGGAGGAAGCGUGUGCCAAGAAACACAGUGAUUGCGCCCAACAUUUAUUAAACUACAUAACUCAAAGAAAAGGUCAGCAUAUUAAUUACUCAGUUCUAAAAUAAGUCAUUAAUUUUCUGAAUUGUAUGAUUACUUUUUAAAUCAAAUAUAAUGUUAUAUUAAAUGUACUAAUGUUAAAUAUGUAGAAAAAAAACAUUGAAAAUAGUUAAAUCUCACAGUUUAUAAUUGAAAUUUAAGCUUAAAUGUUUAAUCAACAUUUCAUUAUCAAAUAUUAGAUUGCUAAACCAAAUCAUCAGCUUUCCCGAAAAUGUGGAAAUUAUUGUAGGCUAUGAAUUGUAUCACAUAAUAGUAUAGGCCCACUGCUAAUUGAGUCAGCUUAAAGUAUAAAAUUAAAUAAUUUCAGCUAAUAUAAAUUAUUAGUCAGCUUAAAGUAUAACAAUUCUUUACCGUUUUACUACAUGGUCUUAAUAUAUGACUGAAUUUAAUGUCAAGAACAAAUUACAUGAUAAAAUAAUAAUAAACAAUGUUGCCUGACCUAUUUACAGUUGACGCAUCAAGUUUGAAUUCUUGGAAAAAUUGUCAUGACAAUAUCUUGGAGAGAGAGUAUCAUGACUUACAACAUCAUAAUGUGACAUCACCACAAACCUCUUUGACUUUAAGAAAUUACCAAGAGGGAAAGGAGAGCCCAAAAACCAAAAAUCAUGUAUCAUUAGAUAAUAGACAUGGAAGAAACAGGUCUGGUCCUCCUAAUGUCAGUGGAGUCAUGUCUUUAGAUUCAGAUUAUUCCUCUAUGUCACUGCCUUAUACAUCCCCUGGACAAAGUGCUCCAUUUUGUGAUGUGUCUUUGCCCUCACUAGGUUGCAAAGAGGAACAAUCUAGUUUUAGUUUUGAUUCUCUUUUAAGCAAAGCUGUACCAAUAAGGGCAGAGUAUGGUUCUCCAACAGCUCAGAAACAACAAGCAAUUUGUGAUAGUAUAACGAGAGGAAGCACACUCUUAAGCCAAGAAGAAUCCCACUUUAAGGUAUCAUCUCCUCCAGCACUACCGCCACGACCAUCUUGGCUUGCUAAAAGAGACUAUCCCAUGCAAAGGGAAAACAGUGCAUCUUUCAAUGAGAUUUGUGAAAAGAUCAAAUUCCCAAGACAAAAAAAUCAAUGGACUGAAGUUUUACCCGGACUUCAAAUGAGUGAUUUUGUUGAACAACUUCAGCUGAAGGUUCUAGAACUUCAGGAACAACUUUCUACAAGUCAGACUUCCAAUGUUAAACUAAGACGAAAAGUCAGUCAAAUGGAGGCUGAGAAUCAAGUCCUGAAAGCAGAAAAUGAGCAACUCCUGAAGUCACUUGAUAAAAGAGGCACUGGCUCAUUCAGUCAAAAUGGCUAUGGCACUAAGUUCUUUAGAGAACCUGUCCAUGGAUUGUCAGAGCUGGACGAAGGUGUUCAUUCAUCAUCAUUCAUUGCAUCAUACAAUCAGAGUAAUGCAAGUAAUUUACAGUCAGGCCUCAGGAUAAGUAGAGAACCAGUUGAAACCAAUGACAAUGUAUGACAGUAUUGAGUAAGUAAAGACAUAUGACAGUAAGUAAAGAGACUGACAGUAAGUAAAGACAUAUGACAGUAAGUAAAGAGACUGACAGUAGGUAAAGACACUAUAUGACAGUAGGUAAAGACACUAUAUGACAGUAGGUAAAGACACUAUAUGACAGUAGGUAAAGACACUAUAUGACAGUAGGUAAAGACACUAUAUGACAGUAGGUAAAGACACUAUACUUUAUCACCAAGAUCAAUUUGAGAGCAAAAUUGUACUUGCAAAUUGCAAGUACAGUUUAGAGGUACAUUUUUUUAGAAGGGAUAUCAUUAAUGUAUUGAAAUACUCAGCUAUUUAGGGCUUGGAGUAUUUCUUGGUAAUAUUUAUUUAUGCUGUGAUGUUUUUUUUAAAUUAAAGACCAAAUUGUGCUUUCUAAAAGUUAAUUAGAGAAUAUUGUGUGAAAAUGUGUGAUGUUUAAAACUUAAUAAAUCAAAUUUGUGUGAGAAUCAGUGAUGUUCGGUCAUUGUAAUCUAAAUGGUGCUAUCAAUUUUUAUAUGUGAAAAUGUAGUAAUACUGAAAGUCAUCCAUCAAUUGGAGGGGAUUGAACAGGUGGUCAAAUUAGGAGACUUAAUCAUAAUGCAUACACAAUGUUUAUAUGCAACAAAACUCAUGCAAGGACAUAUGGUUUUACUUGGAGGACUUAUGGAUUACUUGGAGGACAUCCGGUUUACUUGAUCACUAGCCAUUUCACAAGUCCUGUCCUUUUGUUUCUCUUACAACUGAGAAUAAGGAGCUGUUUUAAAUCUUGAAUGUGGAGAAUAUGCACACAUGUUAUAUGUAUUUUACAUGGGAACGUCUUAAUUAAUGAAAAACUUGAAAUGUCUAAUCCAGGUUGACUUAGAAGUGUAUGUGAAUGUUAAUACAAUAUACAAAACUGAUCUCAAGUGAUUUUUUUUUUUUUAAAUGUAUGUAUGAAGAUAAAAUUUGGAUCAUUUUUGAAUGAAAACAAUGGAAAGAAAUUAACUUUGCUUAACAAAGAUGCCAGAUGUUGUUUUGAAAAAUCUCACUCAUGAUAUAAUCUAAUGUACGUGUUAUAAUAACUCACUC